AUGUCGAUCCAUUAUUUCAGUAUGCUUAUUCAUUAUUUCGUUUAUCUAUCCAUUCAUCAAUGUUCAAUGGUUCUGUCAUGCACAUUUGCAUAUCAUGGGAAUAAUAAAUCUAUCGUUAAAAUGCUUCAAUAA